UUUGUACACAACAGUCUAAGCUUGGGGCAAGUAACAUGUAAACAUUCUGAUGAUCCGGUUCCGGUUGCCAUUUUUUUAGCUGUCCUGUUGUUUCAGAUUAAAUCACACUUCAAUAUGACAGAUGUAGAAAAAAUUUCCCAGCCUGAUGUAAAACUUCGUCAACUGGCGUACAAGCCUCGUUAUGAUGCUAGGUUUCCCAACCAGAAUAUGAACAAGAUGUGCUGGCAGUAUUAUGUGGAUUACCACCGCUGUGUAAAGAAAAUGGGAGAAGAUUAUGAUGGAUGCAUGUACUUCAAGCGUGGCUACACAUCCAUUUGUCCUACUCACUGGACUGAUCAAAUGGAUGCAGCUCAGGAGAGAGGAUUUUUUGCAUGCCGAAUCAUGGAUAAAUAGUGUCUUAGUGACAGUACAAUGUAUGUGUAAAUUGGAACUUUAAUUUGUGGAUCUUGUUGAGGUUAAUUGAUGAAAAGCUUGUGUUACAUUAGAUAAUAAAAGCAGCUUUGCAUUAUAACAACAUGUA